CGAGGCGUUAUGCCGUCAUUUCCGGCCGCGGCGAAGAAGCCGGUGGUUUGCUCGGGUGGCGGCGGCAGCGGCGAACGAAAACGAGACGGACCCGGCUAAGGAUAGCGGUUCCCCCGCCCUGCCAUGGCCUCCCUGCUCAAGGUGGAUCCGGAACUUAAGAUCAAGGUAGACUCUUUCAGGGAGCGGAUCACAGCUGAAGCUGAGGAUCUGGUGGCAAGUUUUUUCCCAAAGAAGCUUUUAGAACUCGAUGCGUUCCUUAAGGAUCCCAUUCUGAACAUUCACGAUCUCACCCAAAUCCACUCAGAUAUGAACCUUCCUGUUCCAGACCCAAUCCUGCUCACAAACAGUCAUGAUGGACUGGAUGGGCCCAAUAUGAAGAAGAGAAAGCUGGAAGAAUGUGAUGAGACCUUCCAGGGUACCAAAGUCUUUGUCAUGCCUAAUGGGAUGCUGAAGAGCAACCAGCAGCUGGUGGACAUCAUUGAGAAGGUGAAACCCGAGAUCCGGCUGCUAAUUGAGAAAUGCAACACGGUCAAAAUGUGGGUGCAGCUGCUGAUUCCAAGGAUAGAGGACGGCAACAACUUUGGCGUUUCUAUUCAGGAAGAGACUGUGGCGGAGCUCCGAACUGUGGAGAGUGAAGCAGCUUCAUACUUGGACCAGAUCUCUAGAUACUACAUCACACGGGCAAAGCUGGUUUCUAAAAUAGCUAAAUAUCCCCAUGUGGAGGAUUACCGUCGCACGGUGACUGAGAUGGAUGAAAAGGAAUACAUCAGCCUGCGGCUCAUCAUUUCGGAGCUCAGGAAUCAAUAUGUGACUCUGCACGACAUGAUCCUAAAGAACAUUGAGAAGAUCAAGCGACCCCGGAGCAGCAACGCAGAGACCCUCUACUGAGCUUGUCGACAAUCUGAACUCAUGAACUGUUCAGUAGGCGCAAGGCAGCCCUUUUGCCUCAGUUUAUGUGACUAUCAAGAUGGGGAAUCUGGCUGGAAACAGUCCUCACCACACUUUUAGUUUAAAAAAAAUCUAAAGAAACUCUCCUAGCUCUUUCUGGUUGGUUUUUAUUUGGGUCUCGGGAUUUGCCCCCCACCCACCCACCCACUCACCCCCAUCUCUUGACAUCCAAAAGGUAUGGGGCAGAGCUUCUCUUCCUGCUUGGGUGGGAACAGGAUAGCGGCCAACCUGCUCCAGGCCACCAUCCCUGUGCCAGCAGUCCUGAAUGACCCUGUUCUGUAGCAGCCCGGAGGAACUCUUCCCUUCUAGGUAGUGUAUCUUUAAACUGGUCGAGAGCAGCGUCAUGUUCUGCUGGACAAGUUCAGUCUUCCCAUUGAAAAAUGCAUUUUGGGGAAUCGAGUGCCCUUUUCAUCUCACAUGGCUGUCCAUGCCCACUGUCCAAUCAUGCAGAUUCUGAUGCCACUGUGUUUUUCCUUCCUGCCCCCCCCCCUCCCCCGGGAGUUGAUUCGUUGUUCUGAAUCUACGCUAAUCUAUUCCGGAUUACGUUCUGCAUUUAAGCACCUCUCCUCUUGAUACAGCACUCCUUUUGCCUGGCAAGUAAACCCAGUGGAACCCUUGAGUGCGGUGGGCAUUCUCUGGAUUUCGGGCUGGGGCAGCACUGCAUAGACAGUUGGCCCUGCAGAAUCGGCUUGCCUAAUACUGGCAUGGCCCAGCGAGUGCUGAAGGACGGGAGACUUUCCCGUCUGAGUUCUUCUUCUCUCCCACCCAAAUAUAACAAGCCUAGCGGUUGUUUCUGGAGGAGCCCUUUCUGACCUUCAAGAAACCCCAGGAAAGCGCCUCUAGGUUUUGGCCCUUUGCUGCGUGAAUGAAUCUUUGGUUUUGCUCUUUUCUAGUCUUCAAGCAAGCAGGUAGGGGGCACCAACUAAUAGGAGUGCUUCAGUUCCCCUUGAGAUCUACUCUUAGUCUUUAUAUUCCUCUUGUGCUGUAGUAUUGUGAGUGGUGUUAGAUAUGUAAAAACAGUGGCAGCGUGAAUGACGUUUAUUGGCCCCUCUCCCUUUCCUUGGUUGCUUUUUUUUAUUUUUUAAGAAAUCUCUGCCAGCCUCCUAAGAGCACAGGAAGUUCAUCUUCCCUGUGCCCUUUGCAGGUGCCUUUGUUAUUGUCAUUUGUAGCUGGGCAAACCUUAGUCUUCCCUGGAGUGCAGACUCUUGUGACAGCUGCCGUUGUAGCUGCAUCCCGAGAGUAGUCCUCUCCUGCGUUUCUUUGUAUCGGCUGCUUUGUUGGAUUGUUCAUAUUUCCUUGCCACAUUGAACGUAUGUACAACUUUUACUAUGUUGACAAAUUAAAAGUAAUAGGUACUUUGAA